AUGUCAUCAAAUCGUGAUUUGACACGAAAUAGGAGCAGUAGUUUGAACUUGAGCGCCAUUCAGUUAUUAUUGGUACGUAAAACAUGGAGUCAUGCAAGAAGUCAAGGCGCACUUGAACCGGCAAUGAGUAUUUUCCGGAAUAGUUUCUAUAAAUGUGGUGAGAUUCGAUCACUAAUCAUGGAUGGGCCUAAAAAUGUAGGCUAUGAACGAUUAAAGAAACAUGCUAAAAGUUUUACGGAUAUCAUGGAUCGUUUGAUAAUUGGACUGGAAACAAAGGAAACUGUAAUUGAAGAAUUACGAAAAGCCGGACGAGCACAUGCCUGCUUAUUUCGUGAUACUUGCAACAAAUUUGACAAUAAAAGUAGAUUAAAUGUUUGCCCAUUCCGCUUGGCGCAUUUUGAUCAUUUUGCAUCAGCAAUGAUUGAGCGAACAUUGGAAUGGGGUGAAAAAAAGGAUCGUAAUAAAACUUCACAAACUGGUUGGACAAAAAUUGUCCUAUUUGUUGUGGAACAACUUCGGGAAGGAUAUCAGGAAGCAAUCCGGGAGGAAAGACGAGCACGACAGCAAAAAAUAACGGAAUACAGAAUCAGAUCAACAUUUUAG